AUGGGUGAUACGAGUGGACAAGUAGUAGCUGGUGGCAAUGGCUAUGGAAAUCGAUUGGAUCAAUUGUAUUGUCCAAGCGAUGUGUUGAUCGACAAAGAGACGGAUAGUCUCAUUAUUUGUGAUUCGGCGAAUCUACGAGUCGUACGAUGGUCUCGUCGUAGUGGCACAACUCGAGGAGAAAUUCUCAUCAAGAACAUCCAUUGUUAUGGGUUGGCCAUGGAUGAUCAGAGAUAUCUCUACAUCUGUGUCCCCGAAAAACGUGAAGUAAGACGAUAUCAAAUAGGAAACAAGAAUGGAACUAUCGUGGCUGGUGGGAAUGGCGAAGGUGCUGGUCUCAAUCAACUCAACGGACCGAGAUACAUCUUUGUCGAUCAACAACAGACUGUCUAUGUAUCCGACAGCAGCAAUAAUCGUGUAAUGAAAUGGAAUAAAGGUGCAAAAGAAGGAAUUGUCGUCGCUGGAGGUCAAGGCUUUGGGAAUGCUCUGACACAAUUGGGCUGGCCUGAAGGACUAUUCGUCGAUACAUUGGGUACCAUCUAUGUGGCAGACUUCGGGAAUCAUCGAGUGAUGCGUUGGCCUAAAGGAGCGAAACAGGGCACUGUCAUUGUUGGUGAAAAUGGUGAAGGAGAAGGAGCAAAUCAGUUCAACGGUCUCGGGGGUUUGUCCUUCGAUCGUCAUGGCAAUCUCUAUGUCGUCGAUUUUCGGUAUCAUUGUGUUCAACGUUUUUCAAUCGAAUAA